UACUUUAUCGAGACUGGAAGGCAUUUUUGCCAGCGAUAAAUAUUUUUCCUAUAUCAAAUGAAACUCAAGACUUUGGAGGAUUUUUGAACAAGCCUUGACAAUAUGCACACGUCUACGGAGCGCAGAUCUGCUCCUCGAUUUACAGCCAGGGAACACGAACAUCCUAAAGGAAUUAUUUCGCACCAAGAGGAGAUACCGGGGCCUUUGGAGCCGAGGGUCGGCAGUGGGGAAGGAUGGAGGCUGGUCGAUGUAUUUCUCACCGGGGGUGCGCCGUGGGGGUUCAGCCUGAAAGGUGGCUUGGAGUACCACGAACCUCUCAUCAUAACCAAGGUGGAGGAGGGCAGUCAGGCCUGGGAUGUCCGACUCCAGGUGGGGGACGAGGUGGUGUCUGUGAAUGAGUACCCCCUGACCGGCUACCGGCAGGAGGCCAUCGGCCUGAUCAAGGGGUCCCACAAGACCCUGGCACUGGGGGUGAGAAGGAGAACUGAAAGUGUGAACAGGCCACACUCCUGGCACGCCAUCAAAUUUGCCCAAUCAGAAGCUUUGCAAAGGCAGACAGCCGACACCUUGGUCUCGCAGUGCCGAUAUGAUGCCAGUUUGUCGUCCAACAACCUCACAGGGAGCUGGGACCAGACAAACCUGCAGAGGGUUUCGGACCGGUUCAGCUCCAUGGGCAGCAUGGACAGCCUAGAGCCCUACCCGCACCCCUACCCCGCGGGACACCUCUCCCAGGCCAAGCCCAGCGGCAGCACUGAGUACCUGGGUGGAACGAAACACGACUCGGCCUACAGCUCUUACUCCACAGGGUCCGGGACACCGGACCACACCCUGUCCAGGAGCAACACCACAUCCGCAGAGAACGUGGCAUGCAAGGUGGGAGCGUGGGACUCGCGGAACUGGCAGAGUCCAGAUGAGAAGCCGGGAGCGGGGUACGGUGGGGGAAGGGACAGCCCCCGCCAUUCCGGCUCCACAGCCGGGGGGCGCUCUAACUUUGGCCCCAUCUGGCACGUUCCCGACAAGAAACAGCCCGCUGCCCCGUCCCCACCCCCGCCCCUCCCGGUCCGCAGCGACAGCUUCGCGGUAACCAAGGUUCACGAGAGAGGAACAGUCAUCCCCUACGAUGAGGAGCCCCGUCCCUACGCAGAACAGCGCCCCCCUGGACAGGUCAGAGGUGCAGACCGGGUUCCUGACGGUGCCUUGAGGGGUCACCCAGUGGCUGAAAGAGGCCCAGGCGCUCGAUGGAGUUACAACCCAACCAGAAGCGACGAGGCUUUCCCUGCACACAGCUCCGGCUACGGGAGCCAGCUGAGCUCCCGGUCCAGCAUGGAGGUCCCAGCAGGCCAUGCACCCUGCCACCAGCGGCAGAGCAGCGAUGAGAACACGUACCACCAGCGCCGUCGGGCGACCGUAGCCACUGUGCCUGGGCUGCCUGAGACAGGCGGCUAUAGCGGCAGCACCCGAGAGCGGCCCAGUGACAGCCUGCAGCAGCCCAGCGGCCAGGCCCUCGCCUGGACCUCUGCUGCGUCCAACGCUGGCACCCUCGAUCAAGACAGGCACAGCCAGUACUACUGCGUCACCUCUGGGCACCGGCCUCCGGUGAGGGAUGAGGACAAAACGGGGGACGUGGGAGGGGGUGGAGGAACGGGGAUGAACCAGAGGACUAAGGAGACUGACAAGAACUCCAAAACCCACAAAGCAAAGCGGCUCUCUCACCCACCCUCGCAGAGGCGUCACCCUAACGACCAGGACAGCAACGUCUAUGGCAGACACGAGGACCCGCCCAUUGAUCGGCUGGAGGGUAAACCGAAUGGGAGCGUGAGCGUGAGGCAGAGCCAGGGCAGAAACAACGGACACCACGCAGAGAGCCAUUAUGUCAACUACCCCUUGGGCAAACAUGAGGAAGAGAAGGGGCUGACAUCGCAGCCCAGAGACAAGCCACGGGACGUCUUGCUGUCCCGAGAGGACUUGCACUCCCAGGAAGGCAUGGGUAGCCUCCAGGACACCAGUCCACCCGGCCCCCAAACUGGCAAGCAGGCUGCGGGCAACGACCGCUUCGCUACCAUCCUCCGCAACGAAAUCCAGAACCGCAAAGUCCGGCUGCAGAAAAGCCAGAGUACUGCGGCUCUGACGGGCUCCGGCCAGGCUGAGGAACCGGAGGACGGGACAACGGUGUCAGCCGAAACCUCCGCCACCUCCUCCGACGGCUCCUUCUCCAGCACCUACAAGGACCACCUGAAGGAAGUGCAGGCCCGUGUCCUGCAAGCCACCUCCUUCAGGAGACGCGGCCUGGUGCCUGAAGCCCUGCCCCCUGCUCCCACACCCGCCGUUAGCCUCCAUCAGGAGUCCUCACUCCCCGCCGGUCCUGCGGUACCACGGAUUGCCGGCAGAAGGCGCAUUCCACCGGAGAAGAAGGCCCUUUCCUUCUCCGAGCCAAACAAGAUCCACGAGAUGGGCAUGGUGGGGGAUGGGCCUGAGCAGCCGGAGCCUUCCCGCCCUGAGCCCGCAAGCUCCCUUGCUGACCGGCGCAAGGUCUUUGAGCAGACGGGGAAACCUGUGUUCCAGAAACCCCUCCCCAAACAGGCCCGGCAGGGCUCCCCAGAGGACAGGGGCGGAGACGGGACCAACACCAGCAGGGGCCAGUCAGAAGGACAGCAGCAGCGGCUGGACAGCUUUGCCGAAUACGAAGCCACGUGGAACGCCCAGCGGAAACCCCCAGAGACGAGGCCGUCUGGGAGGUCCCACUCCGCCGACAACAUCCUGGAUUCGGCCGUGGAGGAGCGGAGCAGAUCCUCCUGCAUCCACGAGAGGUCACGGUCGUCCCCCUCCGCCGACUUACACGGGCAGAACAUCCCAGGUUCUGGGAGGAAGUCCGCAGAGCUCUCCUGCCCUGAACAGAAACCUGCUGAACACAUGAGCGCCACCCCCAGGGUGAGUGAGCAGAAGCAGAGGGUUUUGGGAGAGAGACAGAGCCCGUCUCAGCCGGACCGCUUCCCUGAGCUGCCACCAGAGGGCGCCAUGAGGGACGACCCAGAGAGCCGAGGAAUGGCCGCGCCCCCCGGUCACGGGUUCCCCCAUCACCACCGCGACCAGCCAGAGGUCCUGCCUCCUUACCGCGACAGCCAAUCCCGCGGCUCCGCUCCGCCGGAGGCGGGCCUGGCGGCACCGAGAGCGCCGCCGCAGCCCAAACCGGAGCGACGCUGGCGCUCUGAAGGCGUUCCCUCCCACUCCCGCCCCCCCCAGAGAGACGCGGGGCCCCAGGAGGAGCGGAGAGCCUCAUUCGGAGCCGACGGCUACCUGCGAGAUCUACCGCCACCACCUCCCCCGCCUCCGUCCAACCCCUCCUCCCACCCAGCCGCCGAGCUCCGGCCCCCCGUGGAUGGGCCCCACCCUCCCUGCCCGCAGCUCCGGCCCCAGAGACCGACGGACCACCCUCCCUCCUCCGCGCUCCACGACGCCCCCUGCAGGAUGCAGGGUCUGAGUGAGAACAGCAGCAGGGCACCAAAGAAGGUUCCGGUCCCCGUUCCGGUCCGGAUUACCAACGAGGCCGAGAGCGACCCGCCCCCCUGGCCGGACGAGCCCCGCCCCCCUGCUGCCAUUUACAGGGAGCGCACCAGGGCUGAGGACCAGGACCACACCCACCCGGAAGCCCCGCCCCCUCCGCCAGCCAGCACCAAUGGCGUCUCCCCGGAGGAGGAGCGGAGGCGGGAGGCGCUGGCCCGAGACAUCGCGGGCCGGGACGGGUCGCUGGCCGACAUCCUGGACCGGAGCGGGAUGAGGACCACCAUGGACCUGAUGGAGGGCAUCUACCCCCAGGGAGGGGCCCCUCUGGAGGGGCCCCGAAAACCCCCUAGACCCCGACCGCCGCCCCAGGGCCCCCGGGGCUCAGAGAGGAGGCGUGAGGAGGACAACAUGGCCGCCACAGUCGGCCUGGCUACCAGCUCGUCGUACUACAUCGUAUCUGCUCCCAAGGCAGAGAUGCUGAUGAAGAUGAAGGACGUGCCGGGCUCUGACUCCGAGGAAGAGCUGGACAUGGACCUGGCCCACAAGAAGCACCAGCUGAUUGACAGCCUGAGCAGGAAGCUGCAGGUGCUGAGGGAGGUGCGAGAGAGCCUCCUGGAGGACGUGAGGAGUAACAACGCUCUGGGGGAGGAGGUGGAGAGCAGCGUGGAGCAGGUGUGCAGGCCCAACGAGCUGGACAAGUUCCGCAUGUUCGUGGGGGACCUGGACAAGGUGGUGAGCCUGCUGCUCUCUCUCUCCGGAAGGCUCGCCCGCGUGGAGAACGCCCUCAACAGCCUGCAGGGCGACUCUGACCCGGAGGAGAGGCGCACGCUGACGGAGAAACGCUCGCUGCUCAUCCGGCAGCACGAGGACGCGAAGGAGCUGAAGGAGAACCUGGACCGCCGCGAACGCGUCGUCUCCGGCAUCCUGAGCAGCCAGCUGAGCGAGGAGGGCCUGACCGACUUCCGCCAUUUUGUCAAGAUGAAGGCGGAGCUCACCAUCGAGCGGCGCAAGCUGGACGACAAGAUCAAGCUGGGCGAGGAGCAGCUCAAGUGCCUGACGGACAGCCUGCCGCCCGAGCAGAGGCCGCCGUUCUGACCCCCUGCAGUGAGUCCCCCGGGCCUCCGGGGGGCGACGGACCGGUCACGCACAGCAAAACACCUUUUUUGUAAUCCGUUACUUCUCAUUUUUUUAAUGGUUGUUUUUGAACUCCUCACAAAGUGACUUCAAACGGAGCACCUGAAAAGGGACCAAUCCUGCAAUGGUGGUCGCUCCGAUAUGAUUCAUUCAGGGAUACAUUAACCCCCCCUCACUGAGGGGCAACGGACUCUGUGAAUAAAAGACUUUGCAGACUGAGGCAUCGUUCAUCUACAUCGUUCAUCCUUGUCUAUAUACCGUUUUAAGAAAACAUUGAUAUGUCAGUUUUAGUAAUUUAUUGUAGGCUUAUGAAUGUAUGCAGAUGAAUUGGAGUAUGUUACCCCUUACAGCAAAGAGUACACUAUAUCACAUCGUUUAGCAUUGCCAACAUGCCUGUAAUGAGCUGUCCUUAUUCAUGGAGGAAUCCCAGAUUGCAUAAAGCUCACAGGAAACAUGCAGCAGUAUCUCAGCUAAGGGUUGCUGUUCUGGAUGUUGAUCUCUGUCUUUCCCCUGUCUUCCCCCUGUGUUUGCUGAAAGAACGUAUGUUUAAGCCAAUUUAACAUAAGCCUUGGCAGACCCUGGUACCUACAGCCAGUGCUCUGCUGCCAAUGCUAGUGUACAGCAGAUAUCAGCAUAGUGAGAAAAGCCAGAUUGCACUUUACCCUGGAGUACUCCAGCUCUCCCUGCAGUCCGUAUCUGUCCCUAAGAGCUCCGUCUCAUCUGUGCAGGUCAAGGGUUAGUGUGCGUGUAUCGCAUCAGAUCAGCACGCCCAGUCGUAUGAUCCCCCUUUAUGUAACUUUUACAGCACAUUGCAAUAGCCAGCAGGGUUGAAGAUUAGUCUUUAAUGUCAUGUGUUAUCAGUCUUCACCGUAAGCCAUGUUGGGCUACACACAGUGGGAUUCAGAGGCAUGCUACAGUUGAAGCAUACAGUAAGGUCAACACUACCUCCGUGUGUUAUUGUUGUGUUCUUAAUGGUCGUUAUUGUACACUACUUUGUUCGCUCACCCAGGUCACUUCCACAGUGUGUGCUGUACACGUUGGUUUUUUUUUUUACACAAAGGUAUUUUACACAGGUCGUGUUGUGGUUCAGUUCGUCGGUCGUGUGCGAGAUGUUACAGCCUGUUUUGGGACUCUGGUUCUGAGACCAGUAGGCAGCCGGGUUUCAUAGAGGAGUCCGCCCACCAAAGGAAGCAUCAGAAGCAGAACCGGUGCAGAAAAAGGAUCGGAGGACUAGAGAACUCAUCUCUGACAGACAGGUUUCUGCUGCCCUGUCUGCUUUCGGUUCAAAGUUCACCAGCCAUUUGUAAUUAAUGUAUUGCAAUCCUUUGUCCUGAGCUCUUAUUUAAUGCAAAUAAAUACUUGCUGAUGAACCUGA